AUGACUGGUUCGAGGAUGCGCCGGCUAACCGCCGUCAUCAUCUGUGGCCUGAUAGGAUCAUACGCCUGUCCAGAACCACAGAACGCGACUACGACGACGACAUCCGCUGAAGUGGUUGUGGCAGUAGUCAGCCCGACAAAUUCCGCGUUAUCAACCACCACCACCCAACCGGUCACAUCCCUUGCGGAAGCAGUCACAACUACCACCGCGCUCGACAACACCGCCACCGCAACACUCCACAACAAAGUCGUAAUAGACAACACCCUCCCCUCGGGCACCAACCCCCUAGCCAACAACAUCGAAAACGUCACCUGGCUAGGCUACCAAAUAGCCAACAAUUCGUGUUCUCACCGCGACUUGGGGUUUGCGGGCAAGUUGGGAGGGAAAUGGUACUCCAUCUUUGGGGACACGUUAUGGGCUGCCCCAGGGGUGACAGACAUGUUUCUUGACCCGCCCGGCUUUCACGGCAUGGUUCGGGAUUCUAUUUCUUUGCUCACGGACGACCCACUGACGGUGGUGGACCUCCAUCUCAAUGACGACGAGCCGGUGCCACAUCAAUUGCAGUUUGUGCCUUUUAAUGAGGAGUGGGGGGAGACGAACCAGUAUGGGUUUGGGGGGACGAGUUUGUGUGAGGUUGACGAGGAGACGGGGAUGGGGGUGCUCUAUUACCUGGUGGUAAGUUUCCAGUGCUCUUGUGAGGGAUCGUAUUGUGCUGAUGGAAGACAGAAUGGGAAUGAAUCCCUCGGUUUAAUCGGUGCUGGCGUGGCGCGAGUUGAGCUCAUCGACGAGGUCCCUACCGUUACACACCGGUACGGCAGUCAAGGUUGGUGGUGGGACUCGAAGAAAUAUGCCAGAUAUGGUGAUCAGAUUGCGUAUCGGGAUGAGAAUUCGGAGUAUAUCUAUAUUUGGGGUGGGCCGCCGGAUUAUAUCAAGGGUUGGAGUACCAUCAACUACCACUACCUUGCUAGGGUGAAGGCGAAGAAGGCGUUUGAUUUGGGGGCGUAUGAGUACUAUUGGGGAAAGCAGAAGGGGUGGAGGAAGCAGGUGCUGGAUCGGUUUGAUACUGAGACGUCGGUUAUGUGGGGGAGUGGACAGGGGCAGGUGCAUUGGAGUGAGUAUUGGGGGUGUUAUUUGCUGGUGCAUUUGGGGAUUGCUGGUGGGGCGGUGUUUAUCCGGACGGCGGACAACUUGGAAGGGCCCUGGACGCCGGAUGUGCAGAUUUUCCAGGCGAUGCCUAUUGAUGAUGGGUUGGUGUACGCCGGGGUGGCACACCCGUAUUUGGAUGAGACGGGGAAGACGCUGGUGGUGUCUUAUACGAACAACAACCAUAUUGAAGUGCUGAGGGUCGAGUUUGCAUGA